ACCACAGUCUCACCAACUCCUCUUUAUAACCCCCACCACUUCCUUUCCUUUACCCUUUCUCUCCACCCACCGCCACCUCCACCUCCACCGCAGAAUAAUAUGGACUCUGCAACCAUAACGAAACAAUGUCUUCUACAACAUAACGAAGGUCUUGCCUCGAUUACUGCCGUAGAACGUGGAUUCUCAUCGUCGCCGUCGGAAAACCACCGUCGUGACCGCCGGCCUCUCUAUUCCCCGGCAACAACAAGCUUUAGAAGCCUCUAUUCUUUUUCUUUUUCAAGAUCUAGAACGUUUCUUAAUGGAAGAUUUCAGGAGCAACAACCUCAUUUCUUGGAUGCUUGUUUUCUCUGUAAAAAAACACUUGGUUGUAAUAACGAUAUCUUCAUGUACAGGGGUGACACACCGUUUUGUAGUGAAAGGUGUAGAGCAGAACAGAUCGAGAUUGAUGAAGCGAAAGAGAAAAAAAGGAGUCUUUAUUCAUCUAUCAAAGCAAUGAGGAAGAAAGAAGAAAGAGGAAAAUCUACUAAUACUUCCACAAAAUACCCUUUCCAUUCUGGUACCGUUGUUGCAGCCUAACUAAUUAAAAGAACAAGGCAAAGAAAUCAAAUUUUCUUCUAGAAAUUAAAAAUAUAUUAAAAUUUCAGAAAGUUAGUUCGUGGAAAAAUUGUAAAAAAAGUAAAAAGAGUCUAUAACUUUUGUUUAUAUUGUGUGAAUUAUUUUUCUUUCUCUCGUGGUCUUUUCCACGUGAAGAAGACAGGGGUAAUUGUGGAAUUACAAAUACUAACCAAGAAGACGCUACUAUAUGCUGUAUGGUACAAAUACGUGAUGUGUAUGUUAUUGUACAUUGUUAUAUUGUACUUGUACUUGUACUUAUGAGAUUAUUUGUUGCACGUGGUACAAGAUAUAAAUACAGA